AGCCGAGUCAAUGUUAAAGGGCGUCGCUUCGCCCUUCGCUCCGGUUCCUCGAAGGCUGGCACGGCAUCAAGAGAGGCACCACCCGACCAUGAAGCGGCUGCUGCUCCGGAGAUGCCCUGCGGCUGCCCUGCGGCUCCUGAACCAGCCGCUUCCCCCGCAGCGAUGCUACUGCGCCGGCUCUGCCCAGCGACGGGGGCUGCUCUUCCGACAGCUCUUUGAGUCAGAAAGUUACACUUACACUUACCUGCUGGCAGAUAUGAAGACAAAAGAAGCCGUUCUAAUAGACCCCGUUUUGGAAACGGCCAAACGGGAUUCAACCUUGGUGAAGCAACUUGGACUUAAUUUGCUAUAUACAGUUAACACCCAUUGCCACGCUGAUCAUAUCUCCGGCACGGGGCUCCUGAAGCAGCUCCUUCCGGGCUGUCGCAGUGUCAUCUCCAAGGACAGCGGGGCCAUUGCUGAUCUCCUGAUCCAGGAAGGCCAUCACCUCAAAUUUGGAGCUUUUGCAUUACAAGCUCUUGCCACCCCUGGCCAUACGGACGGCUGCCUGACCUACGUGCUGAAUGAUGAAACUAUGGCUUUUACAGGCGAUGCUUUGCUGAUCAGGGGAUGCGGCAGGACAGACUUCCAACAAGGUUCUGCGGAAACCCUUUACAACUCCGUCCACAAGAAAAUCUUCACCCUUCCAGGUGAUUGCCUGAUCUAUCCUGCCCACGACUACACAGGCCAGACGGUGUCAACGGUGGAGGAAGAACGAACUCUGAAUCCUCGUCUGAUCUUGUCUAAGGAGGGUUUCGUUGAACUUAUGAACAAUCUGAACCUACCCAAACCCAAAAAGAUUGACGUUGCAGUUCCCGCCAACCUCAAAUGCGGAAUUCAGGAUGUACCUAUUUAAGGGAUGCCUCUUUUCUCAGGAUCAACAAUAAUUCAGGGCAACUAAAAAGUCCCCCGUGUCACUUCUGCACUCUUGUGCAAGACACAAGUGAAGCCGCUAACAGUAAAAAUGCAACUGUUCGCUUCCAGUUCUUGAACUGAUUCCAAAACCAAGAUGGAACCGCCUUAUAACUCCAGUUUCCUUGCUUUAAUUUAGUUAUGUCUUCAUUAGCAAAUAGAGUGGCUGGCACUCCUGGCCUUCACCUCAGAUCUGCAGUGCUUGGCUCUCAAGGCUGUUCUGCUUUGAGACUUGAGGCUCUCUUUCCUCCAACAUCUGACGGACGUUCUUGGGCCGUGAAUGACUGAAAUUUAACAGAGCUGGCCGCCUUCGUCCAACAAAAUAAAACACUUUUGUUUCUUAA